GGCCGGGCCGUUCCCAGCAUUCGCCGGAGUCGCCUGGACGGCGCCGGAGGAGGCCGGGAGGCUGCGCCCAGCGGGAGGCUCCGGGGCCGGGAUCGAAGCGGAGGGGACGAGGGGCGGCCGGCGGGGGCCGCGCGGCGGCAUGGCGCUCCGCGGGGCCUGCCUGCUCCUCUGCCUCCUGGCCCUCCUGGCCCACGGCGCCGGGCAGCCCAACGGCAAGGGCCGCCAGAAGCCAGCCGCCGCCAAGAAAGAUGGCGUGAGCAUCAAAAUGAUUGAAGACCUGAAGGCCAUGAUCGACAACAUCUCCCAGGAGGUUGCGUUACUGAAGGAAAAACAAGCACUUCAGACAGUUUGUCUGAAAGGCACCAAAAUCCACCUAAAAUGCUUUCUUGCAUUUACUGAGACCAAGACAUACCACGAGGCCAGCGAAAACUGCAUCUCUCAGGGCGGCACCCUCAGCACCCCCCAGAACGGGGAGGAAAACGAUGCGCUCUACGACUACAUGCGGAAAAGCAUCGGCUCAGAGGCGGAGAUCUGGCUCGGCCUCAAUGACCUGGCAGCCGAGGGCAAGUGGGUUGACAUGACGGGCACCGGCAUCCGCUACAAGAACUGGGAGACUGAAAUCACCACCCAGCCGGACGGCGGCAAGUCGGAAAACUGCGCGGCGCUGUCAGGGGCCGCGAUUGGCAAGUGGUUUGACAAGCGGUGCAAAGACCAGCUGCCCUACGUCUGCCAGUUCAUGAUCGUGUAAUACGAGGGCUCCUCCUGCCGACUAGGUUAUCCCAUUUGGCAACAGGAUUAUAAAGCUAUAGGUAUGUGUAUGGGUACAUACACACACGCGCGCGCGCGCACGCACGUUCAAAUAGAGUCACUCUUUGCAAAGGAAGCUGUCGUGGCUUGGUUACAGAUUAGAGAGAGUUAGACCUGAGCUGCACUGCACGCAGCUACACCCGGCUCUGUUAGCAGCUACCCUGUUCUUACUAAGGCAUGAUUUAUAGAUAUAUUUUUUUACACAGGAAAUUUAUUAGGAUGGCUUGAUCUUUUCAGCAAAGAACCAGUGCAACGUUCCAGCCUUGCAAACCAGCCGGUUCAGCUGUCUGGGGCGGCCGCUCUGCAAUUUCCUUUCCGUUCUUGCUGAAUUUUGUUGGAAGACCAGCAAAGCUAGUCUUCUCCUGUUUUGCUUCCUCAUAAACCCCGACAGCGGUCCAUGGGAGCUGGGCACGAGGAGCGCAGAACCACGCUGUAGUCACUCGCAGCGCCUAGAUACACCCUUCUCAUCCUCCUGAUCCUCCUGCUCAAAGUCCCAUCUCAAAGAGUAGGGAUAGUCACUUCUGCUUUACAGUGAGAUAUCUAACUGGGCUUACUGGCUCAAUACAACUCAAUAGGUGGUCAGACUAGUGCCACUACGUGUAUGAAUGAAUUAGCAAAUGAGAGUCACGCGCUGAUUUACUGAGGAGAAGGGGGUCCUUCUCAGAAGCACUUGCCAUUUUGUUGGCUCAUUUCUUGUCAGUCAGCGGCAACUGUUCCACCGAUUUUGGUGAGAGAGCUGCCCCCAGGGCCAGGUCCUUCAGAAAUCCCACCCAAAGCUUUAUUUGUGCUCCAGCAUCGGGGAGGAAGCUAUGAUUCUUUUACAGCUUGCUCAGUCAAAAAUCGUAUUGGAAAUAGAAGAUGACAGUAUUAGGUAUAUCACAGACUUUUAAGGUAAUUAUGGGUUAGACAGUCAUACCGAAGACAGCUGUCUAUUAAAAGCAAAUCCUUAGAAAACUGAUUUUAGCGUCUUUAGGAAUCAUGCUUUUCUUUUGCUUAUUGUUUAGUGAUAGAAACUUAGAAACUCUGUUGAAAUGAGCCAGUCCUUGUUGGUCAAGGCCUAGUCCUCAGCUAAAAUCAUUCUCCAAGUUCUGUUUGGGCUGAUAAAGUCAUGCUCCACUGAAGAUCUGGCCUCAGUAUGCAUUUACUGAGAAAAGGGUUAACGUAAAAAGAUUUAAUUCAGUAACAAUGAUGAGAAAAGAAACAAGCUGCAGGCCACUUUGACAGCUUAAAGAGGCUUUGAUAACGUUGAUUUGCUUCCUGCUGGCCAAAACAUAUCUGUGGUGCUCUGAAUGUCCGCGCUUGUCGGUUAUAUGUCCCUGGUGGAGGGUGUCAGGAUGUAACACGUGCACUCAGGGAGCCCAUGCGAGAAGUAUUUCAAUGUGCCGAUUGGUUUAAAAGCAGCGCGACUAUGUGUUCUCCAAAAUGCCGAGUGGGAGAGCCAAGCUGGAGGAAUUGAAAUACACACACACAGUGCAUACUUCUGAGGCUGUCAUUAUUGCCAAACUCUCCGCUGUUCAAAUGACUAUAAAAUAAAAAUACAUAUAGCUUGCUGAAAGAAUAAAGUUGAGUCAAUUUGUUUGGA